UCUGUUUUCAUUUACUAAACACUCACAUUCUCAGCUGAAAACUAACCAACAGUAGUGUGGAAAAGACUAGAGGCUCACUUUUAAACUAACAUCUUGUGUGCUUUGUGAUAUUUUCUAUUAAUCCCUUCACUCCAAAUUGGAAGUGUUGCAUAGUUUAUUGCAAAGAUGAAGUUUGAGAAUAUGCUGGCAGAGGUGGAUGGCUUUGGGAGAUUCCAAUUAAGGACGAUCCUCUUGAUGGUAAUUCCCCGUGUGACUUUGCCUUUUCACUUUCUGCUGAAUAAUUUCAUAGCGGCUGUUCCCUCUCACCACUGCGACAUCAGCUCUCUGGAUGACGGAGGUAUUUUUAGAAAUUUAUCCCAAGCAGAGAGGCUUGUUGUUAGUAUUCCACUACAGGAUGAUGGGACUCCAAACUCUUGUCAGAUGUUUGCAGAGCCUCAAUAUCAUCUGCUGCUCAACUCCUCCAACAUUACUGCCCUACCCACAGUGCCGUGCCAGACUGGAUGGGUGUAUGAUAACACCACCUUCAAGUCUACUCUGGCCACAGAGUGGGAUCUGGUUUGUGAUCAGAGAAGAUUGAACAGAGCCACGGCCACUAUCUUCUUCAUGGGAGUCAUGCUUGGAGCGGCAGUAUUUGGCUAUCUUAGUGACAGAUUUGGCAGAAGAAGAAUGCUUCUGGUGUCCUACAUGACAACCACCUUCUUUGGAUUUGCAAGUGCUUUCUCAUAUAAUUUGUCCAUGUUUUCUGCCAUGAGGUUCUUAACUGGAUUUGGUAUUUCUGGAAUAAGUAUAAUCACCGUGGUCCUUUGUAUUGAAUGGGUGGACAUAAAGCAUCGCACUGCAGUGGGCGUUUUUAUGAGCAUUGACUGGAGUAUUUGUACUGCUUUGCUACCUGUUGUGGCCUAUUUUGUGAAUGACUGGAGGUACCUCACCACCACAGUAACCACCCCACUGUUUCUGGCAAUGAUCUCUUGGUGGUGGCUCCCUGAGUCUGCCAGAUGGCUGAUAAGUAACGGAAAGAUCAGCAGUGCUCAUUUUUACCUGAACAUGUGUGCAAAAGUCAACGGCAGAGAGCAGUUUGUGGCGGACCUACAGCCGGAGAUUCUGUCCAAGGUAAUACUUGUAGAAGAUGAAAAUAGAAAAUAUUCCUAUUUGGACCUUGUGAGGACUCCCAAAAUGAGGAGAGUGGCCCUACUUACAGGCAUUGUAUGGUUUGGAGUGGCCUGUACGUAUUACGGAAUCAGCUUCAAUGUCACUGGAUUUGGUGUGAACAUUUAUCUCACGCAGUUCAUCUAUGGCGCAAUUGAAAUUCCUGCAAAAGUCUUCAUCUUUUUCACCUUGCACAAAAUUGGCCGCAGGUGGAAUCAGGCCGGGACGCUUGUUUUGUCUGGACUGUGUAUAUUCUGCAACAUGUUUAUCUCACAAGAUAAGGGGCCAUUUCGGACAGCUGUGGGAGCUUUGGGCAAGAUGUUCGCAGAGGCAGCUUUCACAACUGUAUUUCUGUACACAACAGAGCUUUACCCCACAGUAAUGAGGCAAAAUGGAUUGGGUUACACCUCCUUCAUGGCCCGUAUAGGUGUGUCUGUAUCCCCCCUGAUCAUGCUUCUUGAAGAAGUAUGGGACCAUCUGCCAAGUACUAUUUUCUCCCUGGUGGCUCUUGUUGGAGGGCUGGCAGCCUCUUUUCUCCCUGAGACACAUAACAUCCGUCUGCCAGAGACUAUUGAGGAUGUGGAACAGACAAGAAGAAGAUCAAUCUCCACAUCUGAGGAUAAGUCUCCACCCUGAAUGUUUUCUUCAUUACAACCAAAAGCCCAUAAGUUCAGUUGCAGGGAAUAUCAGUGGUGGUUAUAUGUUUUAACAAAAAAAUAAAAAUAAUGUUUGUGAUCAAAUAUUUUACAAUACAACUGAUUCAUGUUUGAUUUUUCUGUCACACUAGAGUAAAGAGUGGAUAUUUCUAAAUGAAGUGAUUCUAAAAUCCAGGAGACAGUCUGAGAUUUAAUGCGUUGUUAUAAGAUGAGGACACAGUAAAGAAAGGGUAAGGAGAUGAAAGAAAGACGAUGAUAUGAAGGGGUGGAGGGCCCAUCAUUGAGAUACUGACAAAGGAUACCCAUUUGACAACCCAGAACUGUCAACUGACUCAAGACCAGCAGGUGACUUACUGUAAAUUUAUUGUCAUUUGGAAAAUAAUCUAAAUAAAAGUAAGUGUUCACCAA